AAUGUGAGUAAAAAACAUGAGAUUCAUUCGGUCCAAGAAAAUCAAACACACAACACAUCACAAACAAAAUUAUACAGCAGCAGUGUACACGGACAAAUAAUAAAAUCAAUUUGGCAGAGAAAUAAUUAAGUAAAAAUCUGAAAAAAUACAUUCAUCUAAAUAAGUUCACCUAAAUGUUUAAUCAACAAACAAUAAAAUAAUAUGAAAACUAAAGAAUUAAAAGAAAAUCAACAAAAAGAAGAAUUGAAGUAGACGGACAGACGGCCAAAGUGAAUUUCUUUUAGAAUGGAACUGCAUUCUUAUGCCAAGAGACGCAUCUCGAAAAAAUGGACCAUAGAACAGAAACGUAAAUUAGUGGAAGCAAGAAUUGCUCAUGAUGCCUGGUUUACUAAUAAACCCAGCAGUGUGGUGCCUUGGAAGAACAUUUUAAUAGCGGCCAAUUUGGAUGAUUUCAAUGUGUUUUUUGUUAGAAAACAAUGGUCCAAUAUGUUGACACGUUAUAAACAAUACAAGCAAACACGCUUGGGUAACAUUGCCUCCAAAACCAUCGAUGCCGAGCUAAUAAAACGCAUCAAUCAAGAAUGGGAGUUUUUCGGGCCAAUUCACGCAUUCAUGACACGCAAAACUACUAAUUUACACUCAUACGCCUUAACACAUCGUACGGAAAACAGUAAUAACGAACAUCUUGAACAUACGGGCGAAGAGGAACUGGUACAAACCUCCUCAAUAAUAACAGAACAAGAACAACAAAAUCAAACUACUACAAUUAAAACUCCUACGAAAUUGUUACAUAAUGAAACUAUAAUCAUACAAAAAGACUGUGCUAAAGAAAAUAUACCAAAUAAUACAACAGUAGUUAUACAAUCGAACACUAGCAACAACAACAACAAUAAUAAUAAUAAUAUUUCUAUUGAUGAUGGCAUACAUUUAUUUAGCAGUGAUACAAAUGAUGAAUUUCAAGUCAUAACUGAAACUACUAGAAUUAUUAAUGGUUCCCUAGGUCAGUGUGAAGAUGAGGAUGAAAAUAUGAAUUGUGUUAGAAAUACCGAUCAUGAUUUCUAUUCUAAGAGAUCUUCUUUGGGAGACAUUGUAGGAGAAGUUAAACACCAUGAAGAAGAUGAAUUACAGGAACAGCAAUCUAACUAUUUUGCUGAUGCCAGUGAAGAAUCCCAAGGUUCUUUAAAUAUGGUGGUGGAUAUAUUGCAAACAAACAUUAAUCCAACUAAUGCUUUAGCACCAUUAAACAUGUUAACAGUACGUGAUGGUAAUGGCCAAACAUUUGAAAUCAAAUCAGAAAAUAUUACACAAACUGAAAGUUUAGUGAUCAAGGAAGAGAUUCACGAUCAAGCAUUUCUCAACGACAUGCCCUCGACUAGUACCCAAAGUAAUCUAACACACAAUAUGGAACAACAACCAACAACAACAUCAACCGCAAAGACCCGUUUAAGUGAACGUGAUAAGUAUUACCGUCAUAAGAGACGUUUCAAUAGACGUUUGGAAAAACGUUUCGAUGCCAUUCUACAGGUAAUGAGUCAGAUAGUUAAAGUCGAAUAUCCUUAUGUUGAUGUGACACCCCUGGUGGGUACGGUAACUACUGUCACCUCUAGUCUGGGUAAAAUGUUAAGCAGUGAUUCAGAAGAUGAUGAUGAUGGAAAUCAAAGUGAUGACAGUAAUUUAAAUAUUCCUACAGCUACUCAUGGAAAUCAAUAGAUUGUAAACUAAACGAAAAAUUCAACUAUUUACUUAUGCAACUAAAAAUCAAUUACAAACAAAUUUAUUUAAAUUGAAAAGCUAUAACUAACUAUUUUUGAAUGUUUAAAAUUGUUAUUUUUUUUUACACAAAACAAAUUAAAACUUCUAAAUUCUUUGAAUAAAAAACAAAUAUGGUGAUUAUAAGUUAAA